AUGGCUCACAUCGAACACCAGGAGUCCAUUCUCACGGCUUACGGCAUGGGGGAUUACAACGGGAAAGACGGCUCCUUCGUACCCCAUGCCGAGCUCGAGAUCCUCCUACUCUCCAAAGUUGGGGAGAGUCUGAGGGGAAUCGGCCUAGCCACGGAAGCUCAAACAUGGAUCCGAGAGCAAAGGACCCCUCGAUGGGCUGGCCUGAAAGAGAUGCUUAAAUGGCGACACUGUCGUCGCCAUCACCUUCAGGACUAUUUUCACAAGGCCGUCGCUGAGUUCAAGUGUGACAACUCUGGUCAGAUCGAGAGCUUUCUCACCCAGCUGCGGAGAGCGUACACUCUCCUUAUGAGUGUAUAUGCCGAUGACGUCUCCGAGAGGAAACGGCUC